UGACGGCAUCGGAGCGCGCCAUUCUGAAGUCUGGAGGCUGGCUGCACGACCCGAGGGGCUGCGCUGGUACCUCGGCAGGGCCUGGAGUAUCCCUCCCUCAACAUGGGGCUGGAGGCCCCCAGACUGCCAGGGGCCGAGGAAGCCCCGGUGAGGGUGGCCCUGCGAGUCCGCCCACUGCUGCCCAAGGAGCUGCUGCACGGGCACCAGAGCUGCCUGAGGGCGGAGCCGGGGCAUGGCCGUGUCACCCUGGGCCGAGACCGCCAUUUCGGCUUCCAUGUGGUGCUGGACGAGGACGCUGGGCAGGAAGCUGUGUACCAGGCCUGCGUGCAGCCCCUCCUGGAGGCUUUCUUCGAGGGCUUCAAUGCCACCGUCUUUGCCUACGGUCAGACAGGCUCUGGGAAGACCUACACCAUGGGGGAGGCCAGUGUGGCCUCCCUUCACGAGGAUGAGCAGGGCAUCAUCCCACGGGCCAUGGCCGAGGCCUUCAAGCUUAUUGAUGAGAAUGAUCUGCUUGACUGUCUCGUGCACGUGUCGUAUCUGGAAGUGUACAAGGAGGAGUUCCGAGACCUGCUUGAGGUGGGCACUGCCAGCCGUGACAUCCAGCUUCGGGAAGACGACCGUGGGAACGUUGUGCUGUGUGGGGUGAAGGAAGUGGACGUGGAGGGCCUGGACGAGGUGCUGAGCGUCCUGGAGAUGGGCAACGCCGCGCGGCACACGGGAGCCACACACCUCAACCGCCUGUCCAGCCGCUCACAUACGGUCUUCACCGUGACCCUGGAGCAGCGGGGGCGCACCCCCAGCCGCCUGCCCCGCCCUGCCGCGGGCCAGCUGCUGGUCUCCAAGUUCCACUUCGUGGACCUGGCAGGCUCGGAGAGGGUGCUCAAGACGGGCAGCACUGGAGAGCGCCUCAAGGAGAGCAUUCAGAUCAAUAGCAGCCUCCUGGCUCUGGGCAACGUCAUCAGCGCCCUGGGGGACCCCCAGCGCCGUGGCAGCCACAUCCCCUACCGGGACUCCAAGAUCACCCGGAUCCUCAAAGACUCGCUGGGCGGGAAUGCCAAGACGGUGAUGAUUGCCUGCGUGAGCCCCUCCUCCUCCGACUUUGAUGAGACCCUCAACACCCUCAACUACGCCAGCCGCGCCCAGAAUAUCCGCAACCGUGCCACCAUCAACUGGCGGCCCGAGGCCGAGCGCGUGCCUGAGGAAGCGGCCUGCGCGCGGGGUCCUCCUCGGCACCGCUCGGAGACGCGCAUCAUCCACCGUGGCCGGCGCCCCCCGGGCCCGGCUGCCGCCCCCGCCACGGCGGCUGCCCGCCUGGGCGCCGAGUGCGCACGCUACCGGGCCCGCACCGACGCUGCCUACAGCCUCCUGCGUGAGCUGCAGGCCCAGCCCGGGCUGCCUGGCGCCGCUGUCCGCAAGGUGCGCGACUGGCUGUGCGCAGUCGAGGGCGAGCGCAGCGCCCUGAGCUCCGCUUCUGGGCCCGACAGCGGCAUCGAGAGCGCCUCCACCGCGGAGGAGCAGGCCACUCAGGGGCUCUGCGGCAGAAAGGUGGCCAAGGGCCAGGAAGACGAGGGGGCGCUGCUGGCCCUGCAGAGUCAGGUAGCCAGGCUGGAGGAAGAGAACCGAGACUUUCUGGCUGCACUGGAGGACGCCAUGGAGCAGUACAAGCUGCAGCACCUGGGCCAUGUCUUGCAGAGCGACCGUCUGCGUGAGCAGCAGGAGGAGAUGGCCGAGCUGCGGCUAAGACUAGAGCUGGUGCGGCCUGGCUGGGGAGCCCCAGGGCUCCUGCAGGACCUGCCUUCUGGGUCCUUUGUGCCUCGGCCUCACACAGCUCCCCUGGGGGGUGCCCACACCCAGGUGCUGGGCAUGGUGCCCGCUGCCUGCCUUCCUGGAGCUGAAGUUGGCCCUGAGAACUGGGGAGAGCAGGUGACAAAUGGCCGGGAGACUGGAGCCAAGUUGCUGGAGGAGGUCGACAGGCUGGAAAGUGGCUCUUCAGCUGCAUCGGAGGAAGAGGGGGACGAAGGGGAGGAGGAGCCACCCCCCCCACGGACCCUGCACCUGCGUAGAAAUGGGAUCAGCAACUGGACCCAGAGGGAGGAGGCAGGCCCAGGGAGUCCGCCCAGCAGGAAGGACCCAGAGCUUGGCCCUGAGGAGCUGGGUGCAGCCAUCCUGGAGCCCAGAGUGGUUCGUGGGAGCAAGGCCCAGGCUCGGCCCCGGCAGGUCCCCGCUGCCUCCGAGUGGCGGCUGGCCCAAGCCCAGCAGAAGAUCCGAGAGCUGGCCAUCAACAUCCGCAUGAAGGAGGAGCUCAUUGGGGAGCUGGUCCGUACAGGGAAGGCGGCCCAGGCCCUCAACCGUCAGCACAGCCAGCGCAUCCGGGAGUUGGAGCAGGAGGCCGAGCGGGUGCGGGCCGAGCUGAGCGAAGGCCAGCGGCAGCUGCGGGAGCUGGAGAGCAAGGAGCCCCAGGACGCUGGCGAGCGGUCCCAGCUCCAGGAGUUCCGCAGGAGGGUCGCGGCCGCCCAGAGCCAGGUGCAGGGUGAGGCUGGAGUUACAGUGAAGCUGGCAGUGCCAGGCGUCAGCCCAGCUUUAAGCACAGCAGAGGCGGGGAGGUGGGUCCUGCUGACAACCAUCAGGGAGACCAAGGAGAGGGUGCUGAAGGAGAAGAAGCAGGCGACAGAGCGGCUGGUGUCUCUGUCGGCCCAGAGUGAGAAGCGGCUGCAGGAGCUUGAGAGGAGCGUGCAGCUCAUGCGACAGCAGCAUGGGCAGCUGCAGAGACGGCUUCGCGAGGAGACAGAGCAGAAGCGGCGCCUGGAGACGGAAGUGAACAAGCGGCAGCACCGCGUUAAGGAGCUGGAGCUGAAGCAUGAACAGCAGCAGAAGAUCCUAAAGAUUAAGACGGCAGAGAUCGCAGCGUUCCAGAGGAAGCGGCGCAGCGGCAGCAGCGGCUCUGUGCUCAGCCUGGAGCAGCAGCAGAAGAUCGAGGAGCAGAAGAAGUGGCUGGAUCAGGAGAUGGAGAAGGUCCUCCAGCAGCGGCGGGCGCUGGAGGAGCUGGGGGCGGAGCUUCGCAAGAGGGAGGCCAUCCUGGCCAAGAAGGAGGCCCUGAUGCAGGAGAAGACCGGGCUGGAGAGCAAGCGCCUGCGGUCCAGCCAGGCCCUCAACGAGGACAUCGUGCGCGUGUCCAGCCGGCUGGAGCAGCUGGAGCAGGAGCUGUCCGAGAAGAGCGGACAGCUGCGGCCGGGCAGCGCGCAGAGCCAGCGGCAGCUCCGUGGGGAGAUCGACGCCCUGCGCCAGGAGAAGGACUCGCUGCUGAAGCAGCGCCUGGACAUCGACGGCAAGCUGCGGCAGGGCGGCCUGCUGUCAGCCGAGGAAGAGCGGACGCUGUUCCAGCUGGAUGAGGCCAUCGAGGCCCUGGACGCUGCCAUCGAGUACAAGAACGAGGCCAUCACGUGCCGCCAGCGGGUGCUGCGGGCCUCCGCCUCCUUGCUGUCCCAGUGCGAGAUGAACCUCAUGGCCAAGCUCAGCUACCUCUCGUCCUCAGAGACCAGAGCCCUCCUCUGCAAGUACUUCGACAAGGUGGUGACGCUCCGCGAGGAACAGCACCAGCAGCAGAUCGCCUUCUCGGAGCUGGAGAUGCGGCUGGAGGAGCAGCAGCGGCUGGUGUACUGGCUGGAGGUGGCCCUGGAGCGGCAGCGCCUGGAGAUGGACCGCCAGCUGACACUGCAGCAGAGGGGCCACGCGCAGGACCUGCAGCUCCUCCUGCAGCAGAGUCGAGACCAGCUUGGGGGCGGGCUAGCGGACAGUAAGAGGCAGUACGAGAGCAGGAUCCAGGCCCUGGAGAAGGAGCUGGGCCGCCUCAUGUGGAUGAACCAGGAGCUCAGGCAGCGGCUGGGCGGUGUGACCGCCGCGGCCCAGAGCAGGGGUGGGGAGAAGAGGACCCUGUGCCUGGAGAACAGACAACCCUUUGGAAACGAAGACGAGCUCCCUCCAGCACCCGAGCUUCUCUGGCAGCACCCCCCUGCUGAAGGUGCCCCCCGCGCCCGGGAGGAGAUGCGGGACGUGGUCCGUGCCCCACUGCCGCUGACAUGGAGACGCUCCAGCCAGUGCGGUGAGGAGCAGGGCUCCCCGGAGGAGCUGCGCCAGCGGGAGGCCGCCGAGCCCCUCGGGCGGGUGCUCCCCGUGGGGGAAGUGGGUCCGCCCUGGAACCCGGGGCCCUUGGCCAGACCCCGGCGGGAGCUGCGAAGGCCCAGCCCAGGGAUGAUCGACGUCCGGAGAAAUCCCCUGUAGGCUCCUGGACAGAGCCGGCCUUGGAGGGAGGUUCCGAGCCUGCUGAAAGGUACUGUGGCCCUAUGC